AAUUUAUCUGUACUCAGAAGACCCUGGGCAGUUCCAGUGCAAUGGAGGAUUUUGUUAAUCCUCAACUGAGGAUAUUUUUCCAUUGAUAGAGUGGAAGGAAGGGGGAGAGUCAGAGAGAGAGAAACAUCCAUAUGAGAGACAUAUCAAUUGGUUUUAUUGCCUCCUCAGGCUCAGGGGCUGGAGCCUGCAACUGAGGUACAUGCCCUAGACCUGAAUCGAACCUGGGACCCUUCAGUCCCCAGGCCUAUGCUUUAUCCAUUGAGCCAAACCGGCUAGGCCCAAUGGAGGAUUUAAUAUUUGUUCCUUCUUCUUUGUCUCUUUAAUAAUGACAGAACAACCCUCACAUUGUACUUUAAGAAUUUUGAUUAUUCUAAGUUAUGUAGAACUGUAAACAGCUUUCUGACAAUAAUGAACCAUUAUAGCAUCUUAAAUCACAAUUUAGCUGGAGUGAGCUUGAACCAAUGACCUGGAGGUCUCCAAUUUUGAUCUUCAGUAUUAAUUUUUCUUCAUGGCAUAUCAAAACCAAGAGCUACUGAUAGAAGAAAUCCAGGUUAGCACUCUACGUAUAUGAAUAUCUGCUCCAUGUAGGAGCUCAGAAAUCGGCCCAAACAUUUUUAUCAGAGAUAAGAUGGGAAAAAAACAUCACGUUGGGGGAGCCACCAGGAUUCUUACAUUCUUGGUGGUGAGUGCUGCAGCAGCUCCCAGUCCAGUGCUAGGAAACAUUCCCCCAGGAGAUGGCAUGCCAGUAGGUCCUGUACCACCAGGGUUCUUUCAGCCUUUUAUGUCACCUCGGUACCCUGGAGGUCCAAGGCCCCCAUUGAGGAUACCUAACCAGGCACUUGGAGGUGUCCCAGGAAGUCAGCCAUUACUUCCCAGUGGAAUGGACCCAACUCGACAACAAGGACAUCCAAAUAUGGGUGGGCCAAUGCAGAGAAUGACUCCUCCAAGAGGAAUGGUGCCCUUAGGACCACAGUCUGACCCUUGGUUAUCAUUACAGAACUAUGGAGGUGCAAUGAGACCCCCACUGAAUGCUUUAGGUGGCCCUGGGAUGCCCGGAAUGAACAUGGGUCCAGGUGGUGGCAGACCUUGGCCAAACCCAACAAAUGCCAAUUCAAUCCCAUACUCCUCAGCAUCUCCUGGGAAUUAUGUAGGUCCUCCGGGAGGUGGAGGGCCACCGGGAACACCCAUCAUGCCUAGUCCAGCAGAUUCAACCAACUCUGGUGACAACAUGUAUACUUUAAUGAAUGCAGUACCUCCUGGACCUAACAGGCCUAAUUUUCCAAUGGGCCCUGGUUCAGAUGGACCCAUGGGUGGAUUAGGAGGAAUGGAGUCACAUCACAUGAAUGGCUCUUUAGGCUCAGGAGAUAUGGACAGUAUUUCCAAGAACUCUCCCAAUAAUAUGAGCCUGAGUAAUCAACCGGGCACUCCAAGGGAUGAUAGCGAAAUGGGGGGAAAUUUCUUAAAUCCUUUUCAGAGUGAGAGUUAUUCCCCUAGCAUGACAAUGAGUGUGUGAUCCAUUACCAAGUCUCCUCAUGAAAACCACAGUGAGUCAGCCCUUCACAGAACUACUAGGGAAGAAAAUUAUUCAUCACAGUGUACAGUUAAACAAAGGAAUCUCAGUCACACCAAACCAACCUUUUUAUUUCCUGCUCUCUCCCCUAUUUUGUGAAGAAAGCGGGUCCAAACGUGAUUCAAACAACUGUACGGAGCGGCAUAUUAGAAUUGCCCUAAAAUGAACUGCAAAUAAUUAUCUGUGUAUGUAUAUGUGUGGGAAAGAGGAUGUAUUGUAUAUGUGUAUGUUAUAUGGACAUAUACACAUGCAUACAUUGGCCCACAGGACAUUGUAAAAUACUAUCACAUGACAUCUUAAGUAGAAAUGAGUAGGGACUUUUAUUCCAUCCUUUUUUUUUUCACGUUUACAUUUUAAUUAUUAAAAGUUGCUCCUGCCCCUCCCUGAACUAUUUUGUGCUGUGUAUAUCACUGCUUUAUAUAAGUUAUUUUUUAAGGUGAACUCAGAUGUUAUGGUUUUGUAAAUGUCUGCAAUCAUGGAUAGGAAUAAAAUCGCUUAUUUGAGAGCUUUCAUUAAAUCGCGUCUGAUGCAAGUUACCCUGUGAAUCAUAAAGUGUACUCUUUCAAAAAAAAAAAGAAGAAGAAACUGUCUUCAUCUUUAUGUCAAAUCAAGCAAUUUCUCAGUUACCUUUAGUGAAAAUAUUUUUGUACCUUUUGUUUAAAAAAAAUACAUCAACAAAAGCUUAACUGGGACCUAACAGUUUAUUUCUGCAAUAACUGCUUUAGAUGAAAUUCUUGACUUGUCUUAGAUACAGAAAAUCCUUAAUUAGUACCAAUUGCUUAGAACAUAGCAAUAAAGUGAUGGGGCUUGUCAUGUUUUUAGCAACAUAUUUUCUUUAUGCCACGAUAAAAACCAGAGAGAUCAGAAAAACCAUUUGCUUGAAUCUGUCACUUGUCACCAGGAAUACUAGAGCAAAAUUUUUAAUAACAUACUAAUGCGAAAUGAUAUCUGAUUUUUAUUCUGACCUUUUGUGAAUAUUUUCCACAUAGACAUUGCAGAGAAGAUGCACUCAAAUGACUGAGACUUUCAGCCCAAGGAGGAAAGAGUUUUCCCACACCCAGGGCUCUGGCUGCUGCCUUCCUGCCCAGGUGCCCAGCUUCCCAGCAGCAGCAUUGAUCUGCAGGGCCCUGCUGGGCACUGCUCGCUGGCAGCUGAGCUCCUGCUCUCUGCCCAGGGUACAGCCCGAUACUGAAAUCAUUUCGGAACUGCAUUUCAUUUGGCCAUUGACGUCAGCAGGCUACAUCUAAAUUGUGUCACUGUUCAGGAAAAAAAAAAAAGAGAGUAAAUGCUAGAAAAAAAAAUUUAACCACUUUUCUUAUGAAAGCCCCUUGCCCCAUGGCACUUUCCAGAUCUUUUAGGAUAUUUUUUGUGUGCAAUCCUAGGUACAAACACCAAAAUCAUAAUAGAAAAGUGUGACAACUUUAAUUGUAGACUCAGAAAGAUAAGUUGGUAAUCUUUUCUGCUAAAAUUGUGAUGUAAACAACCAUUGAUAAAUAUCCACUAUGUUUUCAAACUCCAAAGAUUUUGAAAAACAUUGUUUAAUUUCCGGUAAGAGGACUCCUUUCUUUAGGUUUAUGGUCUCUAACAUGUAUUUGCUGAUUCCUGACCCAGGUUAUUAUUUCUCUAAAAUUUGUAGUGAUCUAUUCCUUAUGAAAAUAAGGAGUUUGCCUGUGCAUGACACAGGGAUGCUGGGCAGAUCUGUUGAAGGGAAAAAGAGAGGCCAAGUUAAAUGUAUGUUCAGAUUUAAGUUCUAAUCAAAAGAGUCGCCGUUACAUCCUUUGCAGGAAUCCAGGACUGCGCACUGGAGAACAGCUUCAGGCUUUCAAGGACUUUCAUGAAGAAUUCAAACUAAAAGAUCCAUUUGACUCAAGCCAAGGCAGCUUGAAGAUGACACUUUGUACUGGCACAUAAAUUUACCAGAAUAAUUUUAACUUCCACUGUUUGUGAUAACUGUGUGAACACCGGCAGUCCUGUGGUUAAGCUUAAUCUAGAAUUUUCAAAUGUUUGGUUGAGUUUUUUUCAUUGUUACUGAUCUUGAAUUUCUUUUAUUUGCCUUCUAAGAAGGUAUUGUUUCUUAUUAUCACAAAAAAAUCAUGGACCUUAUUUUAAUUGGCCCUUAUUUGGGGGGUAGUAUUGGAAUAUAACUAGCAAUAUGGGUUCCAGUAUUUCUAGCCUAUUUGGUUAAAAAAAAAAGGAGUAAAAUUUGAUUUUUUUUUCAAGGUAUUGCAAUCAACUCAUUAUAAGUAUUUACUUACUUUUCUCUCUUGGAACCCAGAUUAAAAAUAGUUAUUUCAAAUUUUUUAAAUUCCAGGAAUAGUUGAAAUUUUAUUUUUAAGGAAAAAAUUAUAUUCAAGAGAACCAGAAAAUAAGGAUACUUAAUUUUAAUAUCAAAUACUUUUCUCAUGUACCAAAUAGAGGAUACUAUAUCUGUAUAUUAAUUUUUGUUUAGGUUUUGAAUCAUUUAAACCUCCUUUUCUCCUAUAAGAGGACAAUGUUUUCUCUUGUGUUUUCCAUCUCCAUCCAUGUGUUUGUUUGUUUUUGAUAUAUAAUACCUGUUCCUGAGUUAUUUCUACAUAUUUCACCUCCAAGUAAUAAUGUCAGCAAUUCUUGCCUACAUUGAACAUAGAAAAUGCACAUAUGAAAUGUGAAAAUAAGUAAUAGAUGAAAACGUUAAUUCUUAUUACUCUGCUUUGCAUUCUGCCUAACUCACACGGUUGAAAAUACAUGUCAGAUGCUCUCUAAGGUAUGUAUAAUCUUAGCCAGCCGUCUUUCUUAUAGUCAAGUUGCCCAUGGGAACAAAGGCUAUGGAGGGCCCUUGAUCUGGUAAUACAAACAUGUUCAGUGGGUGAAUCUUUGUGCUCCUUUGCAAUGUUCCAGUUUGGACUCAGUCACUGAUGAAUAAGAUUUACACCGCUAGGAAUCUGAGGUUAAGUUUUCUCUCCUGCCAAAGAUUAAUAUAUUAAUUUUGCUCUCCGAGCCAUGGAAAGUACCCAAAACACCCCUUUCCUUCUAGGAAUAAAAUAGAGAAAACUUCCAUUUCCAUGUUUAUGGUUCUCUAAGAUGUCUGAACUCCAUUGCAUUUCAUAGGUCAUUCAGUUACCACUCUUCCUGUAGUUUAAAAGACAGCCAAUGAAAUAAAUGAGUUCCGUUUGGGACACAGGAAGCCUACAUCUGUCCACACCAUUUCUUCACAUGAUCGUUCUGGGAACACGCAGCAGCACCCAGAACUCCCUUGGCAGAGAGUGUGCCAGUCCUUCAUACUUGACCUGAUUGUUUCUUGCGUGGCUUUCUCCCUCCCUCCCUCCCAGUCCCUGCACCUUCCAGUAGAAAUAAGAUGCAGACUGAAGAUUUUUACCUUCUGAGCCCUUGCAAUUUUCUUUUUCAUAUAGUAUAUAGUUUCCCAAGGGAAAUCAUUGCUAUUUCCAUUUCUUGAUUAUCGCAGUAAAUUAGAAACAGAGCCACAAAGCAUAGCUACUUCACUUUGGUAAGCAUUAUAGUAUUUUGACACUGGUUUUCCCUCCAUUUUGAUGUGUUAGGUACUAUACUUCUCGAAAAUACUAACUGAUACAAGUGGUGCAGGAGUGUAUAGUGAGGGAGAAGUUCAAUAUGGAGGGGGAAAAGUUGCCCAAAAUAUUUCCAAAAAGUGGAUUAGUCCUUUUUUGUUUAACCCCUCAAGGUGGAAUAAGUUUCUUAUUUGCUGUGAGAAACAGGAGUCUGUGUUUGCUUAAAAGAGUAGUACCCAAUUGUAAGCAUGUGUAAGGGGCUCCCUGGGCCUGUGUACCACACCUUGAGAAAUGCUGGAAACAUAAAAGAAAGAAUGGUUAACCACUAGAAUUCCAUUUUGCAUACUCAAUGUGUGUGUGUGUGUGUGUGUGUGUGUGUGUGUGUGUGUGCGCGCGCGCACAAGUUUGUUGGGGGUGGUAGUGUGAAGUUGGCUCACAAAACACUCCCAUUAUGAUUUACAUUAUUAUAGCACAACUGGUAACUAUUCAACAUAAUUCUUUCCUUUGAUUGAUUUUUAUUUCAUUGGUAAAGUAAGUGAUGGAAGUGAUUUAGGAUGAAAAGAGUAGUACAGACGUAAGCAGAUGGAUCUCCUGUGCCCAGCUUUAAACCUACCCAUGUUAGCUCAUCCACAGUAGGCCCCCUUAUGAAGGCACUGCAUCUAAAGGUAAGAUCAUAAAUGAUCAUUUCAUCAUUAGUCACUUCACUGCCAGGAAUUGUGCAGUAAUUAAGUAUAGUUUUUUGAUGUUGACAUUUGUUUACAAUAAGUAGAAUUGACAUUCUUAAUUUAUUUCACCAUUACCCAUGGAACUGUAAUUCAGAUAGAUAGAAAGAGAUGACCUACAGAUGAAAAACACCUGAGACCUCUCUAAUUACUCUUCUAAACUAUAUUCUAAAAAAAAAAUUCUCAGUUGAAUAAGUCUCCUAAACAGAAUUUCCUCUGUUAAGUUUUCCCUGUUAACUUAGUAUAAUUGGUCUUCCUGAAUAGAAAAGCAUACUUUCUGUAUGUAGCCUAAUGUGCAUAUUUUUGCUGUCUAUAUCCUUACAAAUUAAAUACAGCACUCUCUAUAGGUAUUGUAAAUUCUAAAGUGGGACUAAGUGUUUUCAUGUAUAGAAUUAGUUUAUGUCUUCCCUCUCUGUGGAUUUACUAUCCUCAGGAUAAAUUGGACUAAUUUUGAUUAUCCCAGUCAUUGAAAUAUUAUGAUCUGUUCCCAGGAAUAUAUAGCAUUUCAUUUUUAAAAUAAACUGCAAUUAACAUGACAAAGGUGAGUGUUAACAUUUCUAGAAAAGUGAUAUAAAGUGUUUAUUUCCAAGUCACAUUAAAACUUUAUCCCACUUUCUCUUUUGCACCAAAUGACCUCAGUACAUUGCCAAAAAAGUGGAAUUUGGAUUCCUCACAGUGUUCUCAGAACACAAUACAUGGUCAGCUAAAUUUCUAUCAUGUCAUGGUGAAAUUGCUCAGUAAAAUAUAAUUAACCUUCUACUUACUAAGAAACAAUAAUUCAAAUAAUCUGUCCGGUUUACAAACUUUAAAUUUAGCAACACUCUAGGAAUUUUCUUAGUAUAAACUACUGAUUAAAAUGUGUACAUGGCUUUAUAUCAGAUCAUAUUUCAGAAUGGUUUACUUUCCUUACAUUUAGACAACUUAAAACUUAACAGAAACUACAUGUUGGAAUAAAUAAGUAACAUGCUAUUGUGUCAAACAUGAAAAAUGGAAAAGUCUUUAUUGUGAAUUCUUUAUUCAUAAUAGCCAUCAGCUUAUUGAAUUGUUUAAUUUGCCUCAUUGUGAUUUUAUGAAUUUAAGAUGUUUUCUUACUAUAUGUGUUAAAUUGUUACCUAUAUUGUCUUCCUGGAAAAAUAGGAUUAUUUGUAAGGUUUUUAUAAAUGUACAAUGUAUGUAUAAAUAUAAAUUGGAAUCUGG